AUGUCUUCCAGCAAUUCAUUUAAAUUCACUGUCAUUGAACAUUUGGAAGGUCUUCCUAACACCAUUCAAUCGAGAUUGUAUGAAGCUCCUGCAACAUGUUUAUCUAUAUUCAGAUUAUUACCUCCUAUAGCGAAGUUCUAUAUCAUGACAAUGUUAUUUUAUGAAAAGCCAGUAGCUUUAAGAGAUCUAGACAAAUGGUGUAAACCUAAUGCUAGAGUAUACCAGUUUGAAGCUUUAAAAAGAAUGAAAGCUUUACAUUUAAUAGAGGAUGAUAAUAGUGGUCAAUUCAUACGAUUGCAUCCAAUAUUUAGAAAGAAUUUCCGUGAUUGUUUAACUGGUAGUCAAACAUCAGAUGCUUUUGGUAUAUUAACAUCAUCUGGUGAAAAUCAAAAGAUAGAUUUGAAGUUUUUGCAUAGUUUUGCAUCCACAAAAUGGGAAACUAUAUUACAUUUCAUGGUUGGUACUGAAUUAUCAACUACUCCAUCAAGAUCUGUUUUAUCAUUGUUGAAACUGGGUGGUUUGAUGGAAGGAUCAGGAAGAGAUCUUAAAAUUACAAAUGAAGGAUUCCAGUUCUUACUUCAAGACAUUAAUGCCCAAAUAUGGACCCUUUUGUUACAAUAUUUAAAUUUGACUCAAGAGUUGAAUAUGGAUCCUGUUGAUGUUCUAAAUUUCAUAUUCAUGUUAGGUUCACUAGAACUUGGUAAAAGUUAUUCCGUGGCGGCUUUGAGUGAUACCCAAAUAAAGAUGUUGACUGAUUUGAAAGACUAUGGAUUAGUUUAUCAAAGAUCAGAAAGUUCCAAAAGAUUCUACCCUACAAGGUUGGCCACGACGUUGACGUCAGAUUCAAAUUCCUUACAAAAUACACCUUCCAUGGCCAUCGAUAAAGCUAAUAAUGUUCAAGAUGAACCUUCAGAGACUUCCAAACAAGCAGGUUCCAUUAUUCUUGAAACCAAUUUCAAACUUUAUUCAUAUACCAAUAGUCCUUUGGAAAUAGCUAUUUUGAAUUUAUUCGUUCAAAUGAAGACCAGAUUUUCCAAUAUGGUUUUAGGUCAAAUAACUAGAGAAUCCAUAAGAAACGCUCUUUAUAAUGGUAUCACAGCUGAACAAAUCAUUAAAUUUCUUGAAACUCAUGCUCAUCCUCAGAUGAGAAUGUUGGCUCAGGAAAAGUUGGAUAAGAAGAUAGAGUUUGACGCAAGUAAUAAUAUCAAUACCGCCAUCUCAGGAGAAUCUGCUGCAGCUGCUGCUUCACAGCAUAAACUUGAAAUCUUACCUCCAAACGUUGUGGAUCAAAUUAAAUUAUGGCAAUUGGAAUUGGAUAGAAUUCAAACAUUUGAGGGAUUCUUGUUCAAGGAAUUUUCAAAUCAAAAGGAAUUUGAAAUCUUACGAAAUUACGCUUCGGAAAUUGGAGUUUUAAUUUGGUCCGAUAAUACCCAAAAGAAGUUCUUUGUUACUCCUGAAGGUGUAAGGCAAGUAUCAGAUUUCGCAAACAGAAAGAUUCAAAGAAGGUGA